AUCAUGACAUGCAUCCACCCGUUUUCAAAUUGAGAAGGGAUAACCUGCAAUUGCAAUAACCUAAUAACUAUUGAAAUACCAUGUUCGCACGUUUCUAAGCUUCUAAAAAUCUAAACAAAUAUACAUUACUUAAUAUUGUAAUAAUGGCAGUUGCAAAUAGGCUGAAAUGUGGAAUAUUGAAUGCGAGAGCUUAACCUUAGAAAUUAGAAUUCAGUCGUUUUGAGCACGUUCUGCUGUGAUGAUUAACUUUUUGAAUUAUAUUUAUAUGCUUCAAAAGCAAUAACGAUCGUAAUUUGCAUAAUGUCUAAAGAAAAUGACUUCCCACCUGGAUUAAUCUAUAACAGAAGAAACAGGAGUUUGGUAGCGAAGACUAGUUUUGAACCUCCAAUAAUGGAAGUUAGUAUCGAAACAACAAACACAUCAAGGAGUGAAGAAGCACCACAACUAGUAUACAACAAGAGAAGACACAGUGCUGCAGGCAAAAAUGGAGAUACGCUAGGUUUGCUUCCAAGUUUUGGCAGCGACAAGAGCAAGACUCACAAUCGUAGGCAUUCGCUUAUGGCUGGACCAGAUGCACUACGAAGAGUUUCAAUUGACAUAACAGACGACCAAAGGAAGAUGCUACAGUUGCCGAGAUUUUCACAGGUUUUUGGAUUUUCUACAUUCAGUGGAUUGCCGAUGACAAGUUACAGAGAUCCCGUAAUUGGUUAUGAAAAUACAUAUAAAAUGCAGCCUGAUAAAAAGUUUCAACCACAUGUCGCUCGAAAAGUUGUAGAGAAGGUUAUCGACGAUUUGCUCUAUUGGGAUGAUGAUGUUUUAACAGAUGACGGUACGCCACCGAAUCAAAAAAAAGAACUUGCGGCGUACGAAUUAGCAAAGCACAAGCGAAGAUCAAAAUUGACAUUGAAAAUGGCUGAUGAAGUUAAAGAUGAGUUGAAACAACUUGAUUUUCCAAGGUAUAAAUACGUUGUCAACGUCAUGAUAGGACAGUUAAAAUUUCAAGGAAUACGGGUAGCCAGUAGAUGUCUUUGGGAUACUAACGUUGAUAAUUCCUUUUGUGUGGAGAAAGAAGGCAGACAUUGUUUUGUAACUGUAUUGGUUCAUGCAAUUUAUUACGAAUGACCUUGGUAUGUUGCACACUAUAUCAGGAAAAGAUAGUAGCUAUUUAUCCCAAGAUGAAAUAGCCUGUUAAUGGGUCGUCAAUAGUGAACACUGUCUGUCCGCUGAUUAGGUCACUCUUUCAACGGAAAAUGAUUUCUGCACCAGAAGUUAAUCCCUUAGUAGAACUUCAAAACAUACAUGCAGUUGAUAUAAUUCUGAUCCUACUACAUGUCAAAAACUAGAACAUGAAUAACAAAAAUUGAUUAGAAACUUUUAUCGACCACAUUGGGUCUUUAAAUUUUCAUAUUUACUUUGUUAAGUUUUUAAUUAUAAUGAAUUAUAAAUAAACUUGUUGCCGAAUAUAUUAGUUAGUACCUUCAAUUUUGCAAUUAACGUAUAAACACUGUUGCUAUAAUUUGAAAAUGAGAUUAACUUCAAAGGAUAUAUUUUUUAAUAUUUUUCAUUGCAUACUCUAAUUAAACCAUAUUCAUCUAAAUAUAUUUUACACAUUUGUUUGUUAACAUUUGAAUAUCAUUUUCUGUGAUAUAAUUUGUCUACACAUCGGAAGUAAAUUAAUAUGACAAAUAUCAACCUGGACUGCAAACAUGAUUUGAAAAGACUUUAAAUAUAGUUGAA